AUGGCAAUAACAAAUAUUAAUGAAUUACCAAUACCAAUUUUAAUUAAAUUAUUUGGUUAUGUUAAUAAAAUCAAUAGUUCAUCAUAUUGGUUUGUAAAUUAUACAUUGGUAUGCAAAUUAUGGACCAUUGAAGUUUUACCAAAGGCAUGGAGUGAAAUGACAAUUGCAACUAGUCAGCCAUCAGAACCAUUAAUCGAAUAUAGUCAAGAUGGAAUUUUAGCAAGAUUUCCAAGCGUCACAUCAGAACCAUACAAUUUUACCAAACUUAUUAUGAGAGUCGGUAAAGUCAGCGAAUAUAUCGACAAAAUCAAAAGUUUAACUACCAUCGAUUUAAAGAAUAAUUCAGCAACCAAUUAUGUCAUCGAUAGAUUAGCCGAUGCCUUAAAGACCAAUAAAUCAGUAACUUAUUUAAAUCUUUACAAUAAUAGACUCAUGCAAAAGGGUGGUACAGUAAUCGCAAAUGCUUUAAAAAAGAAUCAAUCUAUCACUCAUUUAGAUUUGGGUUUAAAUUUAUUGGGUGCCAAUGGAGGUACUGCUAUAGCCGAUGCAUUAAAAGUCAAUAAUACACUUGUAAACUUGGAUCUCUCUGGAAAUCAACUCGGUCUUCGUGGUGCUGGUCCAAUUGUUGAAGCUCUCAAAGUUAAUAAAUCAAUCAAAUACUUGUACUUAAGCUCAAAUCAACUCCGUGAUGAAUGCUCUUUACCAUUAGCCGAUAUUUUACGUCAAAAUAUGGGAUUCGUCGAAUUGGCUCUUAACGAUAAUGAAAUUGGUGCUAAAGGUGGCAUUGCUUUAGCUAAAAUGCUCAAGACUUCUAAGGUUCUUACAAAGUUAGAGUUUGGUAAAAACGAAUUGGGUGACGAUGGUGGUAUUGCAAUGGCCGAUGCUAUCAAAUUUAAUAAAUUAAUUUGCGUAGUUCGUUUAAAUUGGAAUAAACUUGGUGUAAAAGCUAUCAAGGCACUUUCAGACGCAUUAAAAUCAAACACUUCAGUCUAUCAAUUGGAUCUUAGUUUUAAUAAUUUUGGCGAUGAAGGUCUUCAAUGUUUAUCAGACUCACUUAAAGUCAACAAAUCAAUUCGUACACUCGAUUUAAGCAGAGUUGCAUCAGGCGUUGUAGGUCAUAAAGCUCUAGCUGAUUCACUCCGUAUUAAUAGUUUUAUUCAAUCACUCGAUUUAACCAAUUGUAGAAUUACCAACGAAGGUGGUAUCGAAUUAGCCAACUCUUUAGUCGAUAAUAAAUCAAUUUCAACUUUAGUAUUAAAUAACAAUACUUUUUCAAAAGAUACAGUUGUCGCUUUAGCUAAAACAUUAGAGAAGAAUUCCACCCUUACAUCAUUAAGUUUAGUAAAUAAUAGUUUAACCAUCGAUGGUGUUGAAGAUCUUUUCAAAUCACUCAGUACCUCAAAUAAAACUUUAAUUAAAAUCGAUUUAACUAAUAAUCUUCUUGGUUCUCAAGGCGGUGAAACUAUCUCUAAAUAUAUUCCAAAAUGUUCAAUUUCAGAGCUCAUUUUAACCAAUAACCAAUUAGAAACUCAAGGUGCCUCAAGUAUCUUAAAUGCAGUUGCUACCAAUUCCUCUAUCCAAACCCUUGAUAUUUCAAAUAAUUCAAUUGGAUCAGAUGUUGUCGAACCACUUUGUUCAGUACUUAAAGAAAGUAAUUCUAUCCUUAAAAUCAAUGUUUCCACUAAUAAACUUGAAGAUACAGUUAUUGAUCCUCUCAUCAGAGCUAUUUCAAUUAAUCAAUCACUUAUUUCAAUUCAAAUCUCUUCAAAUCAAUUUUCAAAACAAUCAAAUAAUAAAUUAUUAUACGCAAUUCAACAAAAUAAAUCAAUUUAUUAUUAUGAUUUAGUUGAAGAAAUUUAA